AUGAACAUUGUGAGAAAACUCAAUUUAAUGAUACCUUGGAGUGUAUUCUUGUUUCCUACAUUGCUGUUUUUAUUACAAGGAUAUAUUUGCAGAUCAUCCAUCUUGAUGAGAACAACACGAAUCGGGCUUAAUGAAAAUCGACAGAAAAGAGUUCUUUUAGCAGCACAGUUUGAAGCAACUUCUCCAAGAUAUUUCUUUCAUGAAGCUAUCAACUGGGGAGAGAGUAAAAUAAAAGGUUCUUGUCCUCAUGAAUGCCUUAACGGAGCUUUUUGUUCUAAGACUGGAACAUGUGACUGUCAAAUAUUUCAGGCACUCGGGACAAGGUGCCAGAUCGUGCCAAACAUGGGCAGUGGCAGAGAUGGGAUUUGCAAAACUUGGGGACAGUACCACUUUGAAACUUUUGAUGGCAUCUACUAUUAUUUCCCAGGAAACUGUUCUUACAUUUUUGCAAAGGAUUGUGAUAACCCGGAGCCUCGGUACACUGUAUGGGUUCAUAAUAGUCCUAGGUGCCUUGGUUCAGUAUAUUAUUGUUAUCGGUCAAUCAGCUUGUUCUUUUCAGACCAAGAAGAAAUUAGAAUUUAUGGUCAUGAAAUAAAAAGGAAUGGAAUUAGUUUAACCUUGCCUCAGACAAUUGGAGAAGUUUUCAUUGAGAAACUAGCCGACUAUAUCUUGGUGAAAACAACCUUUGGUUUUUCUCUGGCAUGGGAUGGAAUAUCAGGUAUUUACCUCAAACUGUCUGAGGAGCAUAAAGGGAAGUCUUGUGGCUUAUGUGGAAACUACAAUGCCAUUCAAUCUGAUGAUUUCAUCAUUCAACAAGAGGACUAUACAGAAGACAUUGCUAUGUUUGCAAAUAGCUGGUCAAUACAGACUCCAGAUGAUAUGAAAUGUGUACCUAUAUCCUCAGAUUUUCCAAAUCCAUGCUCCAGUGGAAUGCCAGCUUUUGAGGCAAUCUUCUUCAAGUGUCAGAUACUGUUGCAAUUUCCAUUUCUAAGCUGCCAUGAGUAUAUUGACCCAUAUUUAUAUAUUGCCAGCUGUGUUAAUGAUCUUUGCAAAACUGAUGAUGAUGAAACCUAUUGUCGGGCAGCCACAGAGUACGCUAGAGCCUGUUCCCAUGCCGGCUACCCUAUUCAGGACUGGAGAGACGACUUUCCAGCGUGUACUGAUAAAUGUGAUGACAGCUUCGUCCAUCGGGAUUGUAUUAGUUGUUGUCCACCUACCUGCACAUUUGAGAAACAGUGUCUUGGGAGCAAUCUACAUUGUCUGGAUGGAUGCUACUGCCCAGAUGGCCUCAUAAUGGAAAAUGGGACUUGCAUCUCUCUGGAAAAUUGCCCCUGUAAUUUUCAUGGACUAGCUUAUUCAGUUGGUUCAAAAAUUGAACAAGAAUGUACCGAAUGUGUAUGUGUUGGUGGUGUUUGGAACUGCACUGAGCAUGACUGUCCAGUUCAAUGUUCAGUCAUGGGUGAUUCUCAUUUUACAACCUUUGAUGGUCGACACUAUUCUUUCAUUGGAAUGUGCCAGUACAUCCUUGUAAAAGGGACUGGAAAAGAUAAAUUCACAAUUACUUUACAAAAAGCUCACUGUGAACAGAAUCUUGGACUGGUCUGCCUUCAGUCUAUAACUCUAAUUCUGGAAGAUGAUUUUAACAAACAAGUAACCCUUCUCAGGGGAGGACAAGUCUUCACCAGCCCUAAUCAAGGCUUCAAUCUGAAUGGACUUGUUGAAAUUCAGACUCUGUCAUCCUUAUUUAUUCUUCUAAAAACCACAUUUGGUUUAAAGAUCCUAUUUGCAAUAGAUGGGGAAAGAAUUUAUAUUCAGCUCACUAGUGCAUGGAAAAGAAGAACAUUAGGUCUGUGUGGCACUUUUAAUGGAAACAUAAGGGAUGAUUUUCUUUCUCCAUCAGGCAUGAUAGAAGGUACCCCACAACUUCAUGCAAAUGCGUGGAGAGUUUCUUCUACUUGUUUUGCACCUGUUCAUGUGCCUAUGGUGGAUCCCUGUAACAUUAAUCAACAAAACAUUGGGUACGCGGCACACUGUGAUGUCAUCCAUCAAGAGCUCUUUGCUCCUUGCCACUUCUACAUUAACCCGGGACUAUAUUACCAGCUCUGCCGCCACGAUGCAUGCAAGUGUGGAAGUCCCUGCCUGUGCAAUGCUCUUGCUCACUAUGCUUACCUCUGUGGCCAGCGUGGCGUUCCCAUUGAUUUUAGAGCUCAGAUUUCAUUCUGUGGGGUGGUGUGCCAGAAAGGGAUGCUCUACCACCACUGCUCCUCCUUCUGCCGCCGCUCCUGCAUCUCUCUCUCCGCCCCGGAGCAGUGCCAUGAUGACUGUGCAGAAGGCUGCAACUGCCCAGAAGGCAAAUACUAUGAAGAUACAUUGAACUUUUGUGUACCCAUAUUUCACUGCCGGUGUCAUUAUAGAGGCAACAUUUAUCAACCAGGAGAACUCAUCCCAACACCCACAGGCUUAUGUCAGUGUUCAAAUGGGACUGUGGAAUGUGAUGAAUCAGCUACGCCCUCUACUGUUCAUGCCUGCCCUGAGGGAAAAGAAUAUUUUGACUGCAGGUUUCCUGACCCUGACUUACCAGCUGGUGGAGUCAACUGUGAGACUACAUGUGCAAAUCUAGCCAUGAACUUCACCUGUGCCCCUUCCUCCCCCUGUAUAAGUGGCUGUGUGUGCGCUGCAGGAAUGGCAGAGCACAAAGGAAAGUGUUAUGUUCCUGAAAGCUGUCCGUGUAUCUGGAAAGACUGGGAGUACCUCUCAGGAGAAGUCAUUGCUACACCUUGUUAUACCUGUGUUUGUCGACGAGGAAUGUUCAAUUGUACUUAUUAUCCAUGUCCGGCAGUAUGCACAAUCUAUGGAGACCGUCAUUAUCAUUCCUUUGAUGGACUGGAAUAUGAUUAUAUUGGUGAUUGCCAGGUAUUUUUAAUAAAGAGUACAGAUGAUUCAGAUAUUUCUGUCAUUGCCCAGAAUAAGAAAUGCUUUGACAACGAUAUUGUCUGUUCUAAAAGUGUUUUGAUUUCAGUUGGAAACACUGAAAUUUACCUGAAUGAUACUCCUUACAAACAGAAACAAUCAGGUUUUUUACUGGAAAAUAAACCAACAUACCAACUUUGGAAGGCAGGAAAUUACAUAAUAAUAUACUUUCCAGAGGAAGAAAUCACUAUUCUUUGGGAUAAGAAGACAACCAUUCAUAUCAAAGUUGGACCACAGUGGAAGAACAAACUCUCAGGAUUAUGUGGAAACUUUGACAAAUGUACCUCAAAUGAUAUGACCACUUCUAAUAACUUGGAAGUGAAAAAUUCCCAGGUAUUUGGAGACAGCUGGGCCUUAGGACAGUGUGAAAACCCAAGUGAAUCAUUUAAACCCUGUGAAGCACAUCAAAAUAAAUUUCCUUAUGCCAAGAAAGAAUGCUCCAUUUUGUACAGUGAUAUAUUUGCUCCUUGUCGCAAUGUGAUUGAUGUUACUUCUUUUGCCAAAAAUUGCCAUGAAGACACAUGCAACUGCAAUCUUGGUGGGGAUUGUGAGUGUUUAUGCACAAGUGUAGCAGCAUAUGCGUACAAGUGCUGUCAGGAAGGGGUUUCAGUUCACUGGAGAUCCGCUACUGUGUGUUCACUUGAUUGUGAAUAUUACAAUGAAGGUCUUGGAGAAGGACCAUAUAUGUUGGCAAGUUAUGGGCAAAGUGGCCUUGUUCUAGGAGCCAAUAUCACCAGUAGAAGCAUUUUCUCUUUACCAAGAAGCAGCACCCAUGGCAAUUUAUUUUUUAGUUUUAUGAUCACUCCAGGCCUUUUCAAAGAGAAGGCAUCAUCCUUAGCACUUGUUUCCUUGGAAUCUGCUGAAAGGCCAAACUACUUUCUCUAUGUCCAAGAUGAUGACACUCUUAGUUUGGAACUGUGGGAGGCAAAUUCAGCCUUUCAAAGGAGAGCCACUUUUUUCCACCAUCAAGGCCUCUGGAUUCCUGAUUACAGUGCAUUCGAAUUAUAUAGCAAGAAAGGCUUUUUCAUCGUAUUCUCAGAUUCAACUGUCAAAGCAUCAAAAUAUGAUGAUUCUGAAGCAUUUAAGCAUUCAAGUAGCUUCAGCAUUGAAGAACUCCAGGCAGCCGUGCCUUACAGGAGGAUGUGCGAAUGGAGAUAUGAACCUUGUGCCACUCCCUGCUUUAAAACAUGUACUGACCCAGAAGCACUGGACUGUAAAUUUCUUCCUCCGGUUGAAGGAUGCUUGCCCCACUGUCCUAAAAAUAUGAUCCUGGAUGAAGUUACCCUCAAGUGUGUUUUUCCAGGAGACUGUGCACCUCUGAUUCCUACAGAACCAGCUUUAGGUAAGCCACCUUUAUCCAUGUUUAUAGGUCCAGAAAUGAUCACUCCAACAGAUAUCACUCUGUUUGAUAUGCUAACACCGACCCCAGGUUUGGAAUGUGAGCCUCAACAAUUUGAUCCUGUUUAUAAUUGUAGUCAAUACAUAUGCCUUAAUAUGGAAUGGAAGUUGUACAAUUGGUCUCUUAAUUGCCCUAAAGAUGUGGAAAUGCCUGACUGUGGUUUCCGGGGAAGGCCUGUCCAGGUGAACAGUGAUAUCUGCUGUCCUGAGUGGGAAUGUCCUUGCCGGUGUUCCAUGUUGUCAGAGUUAAGCAUUAUUACAUUUGAUGGGAAUAACGCAGCAUUAUAUAGCAUGGCUUCUUACAUUUUAGUAAGAAUUCCUGGGGAAGUUAUAGUUGCUCAUAUUGAAAAAUGUUCCAUAAAUCAGAAUGAAAACUCAUUCAAAAAGCUCGCUUCUUCUGGAAGAAUCUCUGGACUUUGCUUUAAGAAGCUAAACUUGACAACUAUUCAUAAAGUACUUGUCUAUCGGAUAGCAAGAAAGGUAGAAGUGGAUUCUAUUGUUGUGCCUUUACCCUUUUCAAGUCAAGAACUGUCCAUAGAGGAUUCUGGCACAAUGUAUGUGAUUACUACUCCAGCUGGACUAAUCAUAAAGUGGGCUCAUCUGACAGGAAUUGUCGACAUUCAUUUUGGAUUUCAAUUUAACUUGUCAUCUUCCACAGAAGGGCUUUGUGGAAUUUGCAAUGAUGACCCAGAUGAUGAUCUAAAAAUGCAAAAUGGCACAAUUAUCACAAAUAUGGAAAACAUGGAAUUAUUUAUUGAGAGCUGGGAAAUUGAGAAAUCAUUUAAAGUAACAACAAGAAGACCUGUCAGGAAUUGCACAGAACAUGAUUGCAGUCAUUGCUUUGAGUUAUUAAAUAGAAGAGUUUUUGCUCCAUGCCAUGAUAAAGUUUCUCCACAGGACUUUUGUGAAAAGAUGUGGAUCAAUUAUACCUCUUUUUGGAAUUAUGAAUGUGAUGCUCUUUCUGCCUAUGUAGCCUUGUGUAACAAGUUUGACAUCUGUAUUCGGUGGAGAACACCUGAUUACUGCUCUCUUCCUUGCCCAGAAGGCAAAGAAUAUGAACCCUGUGUCAGGCCUUGUGAAGCAAGAACAUGUCUGAACAGAUGGUUCUAUGGACAUUCUUCAUGUUUGAAUUUGAGAGAAGACUGUGUGUGCAAAAAUGGAACUAUUCUUCACAGGCCAGAUUCAACACAGUGUAUUCUUGAAAAAGAAUGUGCCUGUAGUGAUAGUGAAGACCAACCCCACAUUGCUGGGGAAAUUUGGAAUGGGGGCAUUGAUGAAUGUGCUCUAUACAAAUGUUUGGAUAAUGGAACCAUUAUUCCUAUUGAACCUGACUGUGAUGUUGAACCCUCCCCAAUUUGUGAACGAGAAGCUGAAGUAGUCCUGGGCAUCAUUGAUAAAUGGACCUGCUGUCCAAAGGAAGUUUGUGGGUGUGACAUGACCUUGUGUGAAACUACCAUUCCAACAUGCACAGAGAGUGAAAAACUGAUUGUUGGUCAAAGUCCUCUGUCCUGCUGUCCACAGUAUCAAUGUGAAUGUGACUUAUUCAAAUGCCCCAAUAUUUCAAUACCAGAAUGUAGACAAGACCAGUUCAUGAUUCAAGUUCAACAGGGAGCAAUUUGCUGUUUUUCUCCUUUCUGUGUUUGUGAAGUUUGCCCUGAACCCAUUCCACAAUGUACAGAUGGGGAAUUUCUCUCUGUGGAUCUUAAUACCACACAAUUCUGUUGUCCUCGGUAUUACUGCGUUUGUGAACCAAAUCUCUGUCCAAAGCCACAACUCAACUGUGCUAAAGAUAUGAAACUUGUGAAAGAAAAUAUAACUGGUCAAUGUUGUCCAGCAUGGCACUGUGAAUGUAGCUGUGAAAACCUCAUUGUGCCCAUUUGUAAAGUGGGAGAAUUUAUUGCAAUAGAUCAUAACUUUCAAAGUGACUGCGGAUGUAUACAGUAUCUCUGUGAAAAGGAUGAUGUGUGUGUAUUUCAAGAGGUAUCAGUACUGAAUCCUGGACAGUCUAUGAUAAAAUAUUUGGAAGGGGACUUUUGUUAUACAGUAGAGUGUUUGGAAGAAAAAGAUAACCACACGGGCUUCCACACUCUGAAUUUUACAAUGGUGAAUUGUUCCAAAGAUUGUGACAUUCAUCAGGUUUAUACUCCAUCUCCUAGUGAUUAUGAUUGCUGUGGUACUUGCAAGAAUGUAUCCUGCAAAUUUCAAAUGGAAAAUGGAACAUCAGUUAUUCAUGAGGAGGGGAGUAUGUGGCACUAUAACUGCACCACAUAUGAGUGUGUUAAGACUGAUGAAGGGACAAUGAUCCUGAACUACAGUAUGGUCUGCCCCCCUUUCAAUGAGACUGAAUGUAAAAUGAAUGAAGGAAUUGUAAAACUUUAUAAUGAAGGUUGCUGCAAGAUCUGUAAACGAGAAGAAAGGAUAUGCCAGAAAGUGAUCAUUAAGUCGAUCAUAAGAAAGCAAGACUGCACAAGCCAAACUUCUGUAAAUGUUGCAUCAUGUGAUGGAAAGUGCCCAUCAGCUACUAUAUAUAACAUCAAUAUUGAGAGUCACUUAAGAUUCUGCAAGUGCUGCCGUGAAAAUGGAGUGAGAAAUUUGACUGUACCACUGUAUUGCUCAGGAAAUGGCACUGAAAUCAUGCACACUCUCCAGGAGCCUGUAGACUGUACUUGUCAGUGGAAUUAAGCUCUUCUAUCUUAAGAAGUCUAUGGCGUGUCAAAUGGAGUAAACCGAUAUCAUUAUUUAGGAACUGGAAAAAUUUAUACUGUUUAAUAACAAUUCAAGUAUUGUUAUCAAAAUAACCACUUAGAUAUGAAAAUUUAGCAUCUAGUACAAAAUACAUACUCUAUUCAUGAUAAAAUAGAUUUAUUUAUUAGUCUAGUUUAGAGGAUCAAAUUAUUUUAAGUUCAUUAAGCUGCAGAAAUCAGAAAUUUUUUUAUGUAUGUAGUUCCAAUGUGUCAUAAACCCGGCACUUUCUCAGCAAUUGGAAGUUUAUUUUGCAGAAUUUUAUGUUUCUCUUAACAGAUUAUUAUUAUUAUUAUUUACAAAGUAUAUCAUACCUGUUCAAAUUAAAGCACUCUUUUCUGGUAAUUUAAUCAGUUAAAAUUUAUAUCUGCAUAAUUAUGAAAAAUGAUGUGCUUUGGAGACACAUCAUAAAACUAUAGUAAAACUAUAGCAUUUAAAAUUAUUUUAAACCUAAAUGAAUAUUAGAGAUAAGAUUGAAGAUUCCCCUCCUUUUGCAAUUGUAUCAUAGUAGUUCAAUUAAGUUUAC